UGGAAGGACAUUGCUGUCAUCCAGAAUAAACUUCCUGGGUGGUUCCGCGGCCGCGGCGCAGGAGCGGAGCGGGGCGGUGCUGGCGGCGAUGGGCCUGGGCGGCGCGAGCAGGCGGUUCUAGCUGAUGCCCAGGCUUCCUUGUAAUGAUGCCAUCACGUACAAACCUGACUGCUGGGAUUCCCAGUAGCAAAGUCAAAUAUUCCAAGCUCGCCAGCACUGACGAUGGAUAUAUUGACCUGCAGUUCAAGAAGAGCCCACCAAAAAUCCCCUACAAGGCAAUUGCACUGGCUGUUGUGCUCUUCAUGAUCGGGACCUUCCUCAUUAUCAUCGGAGCCCUCCUCCUGGCGGGAUACAUCAGCAAAGGUGGAGCGGACCGUGCCAUCCCCGUGCUCAUCAUUGGGAUCCUUGUGUUUCUCCCAGGCUUCUACCACCUGCGCAUCGCAUACUACGCUUCCAAAGGCUACCGGGGCUAUUCCUACGACGAUAUCCCAGAUUUUGAUGAUUGAACAAUGUAUUUAAUCGCGUUAUAAUUAGAUUGGCGGUAAGAGCUGUUAGUUACCCUGGCUAUCAGAGGGGGCCUGUAAGAUAAGUAUUAUUGGUCACAAGAUGCGAGUUCCCAGUUUUGAGGUGUGGCGGGUUUUUCACUUGGUGGGGGCUCGAACACAGAGUUGACCCGAAGGGUUGCAACACAAGGUGGGAAAAAACAUGAUUUAUGGUAUUUUGACUCUUUUGGUUACCUAAUGUUGGUUGCUUAUAAAAAAGUUCCUCUUGGGCAAGGCAGUUCUAGCAAUUUUCCAAAAAUAGAUGAGCCGGUUGCAACAUCAAAGAUACUUGUUUUUUGUAACUUUUUAUAGAGUUUAUUUUUGUUUUCGGUGACGUUGUGGUUAUCGGUGGGUUUACCUUUGCAGACAAACACCAUAGUUAAAUUCUCCUUUGGCUUUCUGCUCAUCAGCAAUGCUUCCAAUCUUCUUGUCCUGUGCUUGUCUGGAGUAACGGCAGUCGGAAUGGGCACGAGAGGGGAGGAAGCUGCACUUGCGUGAAAGGAUUUACACGUCGUGCAUUUGCUACACAACUCCUCCUGUCAGACUGACCAACCUUACUUACUUGGCAAACACGCUCUUCCGAAGCAAGCUUUUCCCCAUGCUGCUGUUACUGUUAAUUUUGGCAAAACCAGUUUAUCCUUUAACAGGGCUGUUGUUGGAUUUUGCUUAUUAUUUUAAACAAACCAAAUGGAUGCGGGGAGAAGCGUUGGAAUCCGGACCAGGACCCAAGUGUCCAAAUACCAAAACUCUUGGUUUUGACUAGUGUGGAUAUUGGAGACACUUGAAUUCCACUGUAUUUAUGUAUAUUUGGAAUCAUUUUGUGCUUGUCUAAAUAAUAUGCUGUGCAUAACUCCCUAGAACGGUAAAAAGAAAAUUUCUGUAUAGUUUGUACUGAAUAAACCCCCGUUUGUAUUGUUUUGCUAGCUUCAGUGAUAUGUUAUUCAGGGAAACCAAACUGGCAGCUCUUGUUUUAUGCAAAGUAAAAACAGUCUUGACUCCUGAAGUGGGAAUGAACUCGGCAUCCCAGAGGGCAAGUAUGCGGCGAGUAGUGAUGCAAGUACGUGUAUUUAGUAUGAAUAAACUUCACUAUAGUCUGUGUACAAGUCAUAA